AUGGAUGAUGGCGAAUCAUCGUCGACCAAUAAUUCGUCGCGUCCAUGGGAAUCCUACAACACCGUCUUCACCAACGCCAAAGCCGGAAUGGAGGGAGUUGAUAAGGAGAAAGUCCAGAGGAUUGUCUAUGAAAUGAGCAAAGGAUCUAAAUAUUUUCAAAAUGAGGAACGUAAGGAAGCUCUUAUGAAACAAAAGAUUGAGCAUAUGCGUGAUAGGUGCGCGAAGCUCUCUUCCUCUGAUUUAACUAAUUAUCAAAAGGUGGUUGAUAGAAGGAUCUUAGAGCUUGAAGCUACACGCGACCUAUCCAAAAUCUGGCUGCAUGUGGAUAUGGAUGCUUUUUAUGCUGCUGUUGAAACUUUGAGUAAUCCUUCCCUCAAGGGCAAGCCAAUGGCUGUUGGAGGCUUGUCCAUGAUCUCCACAGCUAAUUAUGAGGCAAGGAAAUUUGGGGUCCGUGCAGCAAUGCCUGGCUUCAUUGCUCGUAAACUAUGUCCGGAUUUGAUAUUUGUUCCUGUAGAUUUCACCAAGUAUACUCACUAUAGUGACUUAACAAGAAAGGUUUUUGGGAACUAUGAUCCCAACUUCAUCGCUGGGAGCUUGGAUGAAGCCUACCUUGACAUAACUGAGGUUUGCCGAGAAAGAGGUCUUUCAGGUGGAGAAAUUGCAGACGAGCUUAGAGCUUCUGUUCAUUCCGAGACUGGAUUGACAUGCAGUGCUGGAGUAGCGGCAAACCGCUUACUGGCCAAGGUUUGCUCAGAUAUAAACAAGCCUAAUGGACAGUUUGUCCUCCAAAAUGACCGAUCAACUGUCAUGACCUUCAUCUCUUCCCUUCCUAUAAGAAAGAUUGGGGGAAUCGGUAAGGUUACAGAGCAUAUUCUGAAGGAUGCUUUAGGAAUUAAAACAUGUGAGGAGAUGGUGCUGAAGGGAUCUCUUCUCUAUGCUCUCUUCACUCAGUCUUCAGCAGACUUUUUUCUCUCUGUUGGACUGGGGCUUGGGAAAACAGACACCCCUCAGGCUAGGUCUCGUAAAAGUAUUAGCAGUGAGAGGACAUUUGCUGCGACAGGAGAGGAAAGAUUGCUAUAUUCAAAGUUAGCUGAAAUUGCAGAAAUGCUAUCUCAUGACAUGAUAAAAGAGGGUCUAACGGCAAGAACACUGACACUAAAACUGAAAACUGCCACCUUUGAGAUUAGGAGCAGAGCUGUUAGCCUGCAGAGGUACACAUGUUCAAGCGAGGAUAUACUAAAGCAUGCUACAAAGCUGUUGAAGGCAGAACUUCCUGUUUCUAUAAGGCUGAUAGGGUUGCGCAUGUCUCAGUUCAAUGAAGAAAUCCGAAACUCCGAUCCUUCACAGGAAACUAUUACCAAGUUCAUUGUUCAAAAGGAUUCCUCAAUGCAAAACCUGGAUGAUCACGACUCAGUUGACUUAGAUGGCUUGAGUCACGACGAGAGCUUGAUAUCCUUUGGUUCCCAUGACACAAGCUAUGCUCAACUGAAGGAUGUUGUCGAAAAUGAAGAGCAAUCCGAAAUCGAGGCCGAGAAACUAAUCCCAAAUCAAGAAUGUGAGAAAAGAGAAGAAAGGCCGCAAGCAUUGAGAGGAGAUGCUCUGCUCAUAAAACACAAGGAGUGCAAACCAGACACAGCAGUUUCACUAUUACCGCAAAUGGAGCCGUUAUUUUGGGUUGAUGGCUACAAAUGCAACUUGUGUGGGAUCGAGUUACCUCCAUCUUUUGUUGAGGAACGACAAGAACACUCUGAUUUCCAUCUUGCUCAGAGACUUCAAAACGAAGAAUCUCGCUCUAGUUCUUCCACAACACCUUCUUCAAAACGAAGGAUUCUCGGAAAGGAAAAGAGAAAUUCCAAGGCGAAGAAGCAGAAAUCAGAUGAAAAGGACGUUAGCAAACACAUCCCAAUACACACAUUCUUCACAAAGAGCAACCAAAACUCGAACGAAACACAGCGGAAAUGA